AUGAAGAUAUAUUAUAUGGGUAUUUUCCGUAGUGGAGGUGAAAAAGCUUUGGAAUUAACUGAAGUCAAAGAUCUAUCUCAAUUUGGAUAUUUCGAAAGAGGUAGUGUUGGUCAAUUCAUGACAUUUUUUGCUGAAACAGUGGCAACAAGAACUUCACCAGGUCAAAGACAAAGUGUUGAAGAAGGAAAUUAUGUGGGUCAUGUAUAUGCAAGGAGUGAAGGUAUUUGUUGUGUAUUGAUCACUGAUAAAGAAUAUCCUGUUAGACCAGCUUAUACAUUAUUAAAUAAAGUUUCUGAUGAAUAUCUAGUAGCACAUACUCCUAAUGAAUGGGCAAACAUUACUGUUACUAAUGAUAAAUUAAAGAUGAUAGAACUUGAUACAUAUAUUGUUAAAUACCAAGAUCCUACACAAGCGGAUGCAAUUAUGAAAGUUCAACAAGAAUUGGAUGAAACAAAGAUUGAAUUGCAUAAAACUAUUGAGAAUGUUUUACAAAGAGGUGAGAAAUUAGAUAAUUUAGUUGAUAAAUCUGAAUCCUUAACCGCAAGUUCCAAGAUGUUUUAUAAACAAGCCAAGAAGACUAAUUCAUGUUGUAUUCUAAUGUAA